AUAAAUAAACAAUGGAGCUUUACUGUGUGCGACUCUGUGCUGUGCAAUUAUUACUCUGCAACGAUGCACUGUACAACGACGUACUGUACAACGAUGGUGUAUACAGUAUUAAGAACAUGUAAAUAAAAUAAUUUACGGCCAGCAUUCUGGGAAAUACGAAAAUUGUGUUGUUGUUUUUUUAAGGGUCAGCCAGGCAGCUCAUCCGUUUAUUUUUGAAAAUGUCCACUGUGAGUGACACUUAAGAUACACAACGUUUAUUAAGCUGGUCAUAAUCUUCGGCUAAUUUGCAACACGCUUCCGAUUCGUUGGAAGUCACGACUCCCAAACUACCCGUAUCCUUUACGCGUUCGAUCCAAUCUCCACGGCACGAUUCCCUUUCCGCGGAUCGAUUCCUCAGCGCGAAAAAAAACCCUUUGCGCCUACGGGACGUGGAAUCGAUUCUCUGAAAUCGAUUGCGCUGUCACGGGGAAGGCCAAGGCCUGUGGCGGUGCGAUGGCGACGGGCGGCGUGGACGCGAAGCAGGGAGACUUCGAGGAGGACGCCUCGCAGCUGCAGUUCGCCAAGGAGUUUGAGAACGCGGAGACUCUGCUCAUCUCCGAGGUGCACAUGCUGCUGGAGCACCGCAAGCAGCAGAACGAGAGCGCCGAGGAUGAGCAGGAGCUGUCCGAGCUCUUCAUGAAGACGCUGAACUACACGGGCCGCUUCAGCCGCUUCAAGAACCGCGAGACCAUCGCCAGCGUGCGCAGUUUGCUGCUGCAGAAGAAGCUGCACAAGUUUGAGCUGGCAAGUCUGGCCAACCUGUGUCCUGAGACAGCCGAGGAGGCCAAGGCUCUCAUCCCCAGCCUGGAGGGUCGAUUCGAGGACGAUGAACUGCAGCAGAUACUGGACGACAUUCAGACGAAACGGAGCUUCCAGUACUGAGGUGGAUGGCAGAAUCGCAAAGUCACCUGACAUCUCACUCCGUACACCACUGCCUUAUAAUGUAAAAAACAAAACGCAUCUUCGCUGAACGCCUUCAGCUGAGUGUAUACUUGUUUAACACGUGGCUUUGUUAAAAGCUGGUGGGGGGUGGGGAUGAGCAAAAAAAUUCAAUUGUCGAGAUGGAGCAUCGAGAGAUUUCAUCUAGAGAUGCUGCUUUAGAGGAGAUGGGGGUACAUGGCAUGGGAACAUUUGUGAAGGCAAAUUAGCCAGAUACAUUUUCCUGCCUCAAAUAGAAAUGCAGCCCUUUCAUUACAGGAAGGAAAGUACUGAUCACCUGGCUAAUACUUUGUAUAUAUGGGUGCAAAAGGUUGCAUAUUAAAAAUUAUCGAUGGGGGUUGGCUCCUAUUUAUCCAGGACUCUAUUUACAGAAGGCUCCUGCAUUUGGCUUUUAUUUUAAAAGAUGUUUUCAGCCAAUGAAUGUAUAUUGAUACAAGUGGGAGGAACCCGGAGCACCCGGAGAAAGCCCACGAGUGCGAGGGCACAACACUCUAUCCCAACCCAGAUGGCAACAUAUGGCGGUUAGUGUAGUUGUACCGAUUUAUGGCGAUCCAGGGUACGGCACUUCCUCGACGCCCAUGGGAAGGGAGGCUCGCAACAUCUGUGCGAUCCACCAACCCUUGCCUCCACGGUGCUGGAUGACAGGCAUGCGCUACCACUGCCCAACUCGGUCAAUCAUCCUUGCGAAGUCUAUAAAGUAUGAACCACUGUUGAUAAAAUUGCUUGUCCUAUGGAAACGUUGAAUUUCCACAAAAGCCUAGGGUCACUAAUUGGUGAUGAUUGCACCACUGAUACUAGCAACAUUGGGUUUAUCGUUCAAUCACUAUCAACCCAGCAGUGGAUAAUAUGUGCACUGCAGUGAGUUGUCAGAUCACUUGUGGGUAAAAUUGAUAACCUUGCCACCGAGUACAGAAGAAACGACCCUCAACUACAGUGGUCUUUUGUCGGGAUGGAACCCACGACCUCCUGUAUACCAGGUGAGGUAGUUAACAUCUCAUCAGGGUCGGGAUGGAACCCACGACCUCCUGUAUACCAGGUGAGGUAGUUAACAUCUCGCCACCACAGCACCCAAUUUUUCAUCAGUUCAUGAAAACCAGGCUGCAUAGAAUGAUAUUCCCCAAUUUAAAAACCACAGGUGAUAGGGAGCCGGUUGAACAUUCUGCGAUGUGUAGCAGUGGUGGCUGAAGCAGAUCAUCAAUACCGUGAUCGAAGACUUUCUUCAUUUGUCACCAUCUGCUUUUAUCCAUUACAAACAUUGGUCGAUUAUUAAGAAAUGUAUUUGUAUUUCUUUGUGAUAAAAUAAAAGUUCAUUGGUCAUGCCUAGGGCAACUCUAAAGACCGUUGCCGGAAUGGCUGCGCAGAAUGUAGUCCAGGUUUUUCUUCGUGUGUUACAUCACAGUAUUUACGAUUCAGUACAAAGCAGUUUUAUGGGAAUGUCACCAUUUUUGUGAAGUUAUGAAGAUUUUCUGAGCGACUGAAAAGUGUAAAUUAUUCUAUUUCUUACAUUUGAAUUAAAAAAAAAACUGUUAGCAACA